UACUCCCCAUGUGUUAUCUUUGCAUGUCUAACCAAACCACUGUGUCAUAAAGAAGCAGGUAACACCCGGAAGAGGGAGCAGUUAAAAGUCGCUCUGAAUGCGAAAAAGUUCUUAAUCCACAUCGAGAGCACAGGUUUCGAUCUACUAUUUGGGAGGAGGCUUGCCCAAGGACACAAUGACUGCAGUGAGAGCUCCACCAGCGCUGCCCUUUUCCAUUCAGCGCACUAAACCACUGAAACAAAGCCUCCCAUCCAAAAAGGAAGAUUGUCCAGUUGUCCUUAAAAAAACUAGGGUGGAGAACAGCCCGGAGAGCAAGCCAUCUCAGGGGAGCUCUGUGCAGUUUUUUCGGUCAGAAGUGCUGCUGUUCACACAGAACAGACAGGAAAAAGAUUACCUGGAAUGGGUUUCAGAUCUUGUGUCCAAAAAGUGUAGACACAACAUAUUUGAAUUAAAAAAACCAGCUGGCGCCACAUUGAAGAUAGGACCCCUGAAAGACACCAUUUACAGCGGGGAGCACAAGGUAGUAAAUGAGUGGGGGAAAUUCUAUCUCCCUGAGAUAGUACGAAUGCAGGUUGUAGGUGUAGUGGAGGGGACCUCCUGCCCAUCCGACGAGCUCGUUCUAAUGACCUGUGAGGACGAGAAGCUGUAUGCCUACGAUGGAGAGGAGCUGCAUUUGGUGGCUUCAGACCUGAAGCAGCUAGUUGAAGAGGGAAUAAGCUAUCCAGCAUCCAAGACAUACUACAAAGGGGAGGCCUUCAGAGACAUGACCGAGGAGUACUGGGCAAAAGUGUGGAAGAGCCCUACGGGGAUGAGGCUGAAACAAGCACAUCACGAACAGGUGCAAGGACACAAGGCCAAAUGUCUGGAAUAUCUCAAAGCCACAGCUGCAAGACGAGGUCUGUCGGUGCCCUCCUUUGGGCCCACAAAAGCUCUCCUGUUGACUUACUGACAAUGCAAGUCAAUGGGAAGGUGUUCGUAUGGGUAUAGGGGCCUCGCCUCCGACGCUGUAUCCAGUUCUCUUCAGCGGUGGAAGAAGUACUCACUAAAUAACAGAAGAAAUAUUACAGUCUAAAUAGUCAGUUACAAGUUAUUGUACUGUAUUCAAAAUUUUACCCAAAUAAAAGUAAUUCAUUGUAGUUUAAGUUGUAUGAAUCAUUUACAUUGUGGUGGAAAUAACUUUUGGUUUUGGUUUAAUUUAGGUCAGAAUACUUUUGGAGAGAGUAUUUUAUGUGAUUAAUAACAAUAGGCAAAUCUACAUUUUUUUGGGCAUUCUAUUAAAUGCAAUUUAAGAGCUGUGUGAAAUGGAUUUGUAUUUAUUUUUCCUGUAUCUUACUGUGAAUAAAUUAUUACCAUUGUACAACCAAUCAAAUUCAUUGUCAGUGUAAACCUACUUGGCAAUAAAAGUGAUUAUGAUUUUUCUGAUUCUUAUUACCUGUCAAAUAUCGAGAAUCUUAAACUGAAAAUGAGUUGUCUGUUCAUUGAAAAAGUCCCGCUAUAUCAAUACAAUGGGGGAUAAUGGAAUUUGAAUAAAGUAAUUUCCCAAAAAUA